AUGUCGACUACCACAACAUCCUUCACUACCACUCUUGUCGCACCGGCCAUGAAGGGUGUCGCUAUAUCAGAAAAACAAUGCCCUAUGUGUUGGGGUGACGAAUUUCCCGAUGGCUCUGGCGCCCACGACAGAAUCAGGGAGCUGGAGGGGCAGGUGCAUGCGUUGACAGCCCGCGCUUCGGCUACAGCCGUUAAACUCAGCGAGUACGAAGAAGAAGUCCGACGUCUACGCUCCUCCCAACCCCAGGGAUCCUACCACACCCCACGAAGCAGCUCCUCACUGGGUAGACCCCCCUCGCAAACCGACCAUUCAUCACCGCAGCGCCCAACAUCCUCAGAAUCCCAACCCCAACCACAAACAUACCACAGCCGCCUCACGAACCUAGCCUCCCUCCUCCCCUACCGACGCGGGAGCGCAACCCCAGCAAGCGCACCCGCAGCAUCCAGCGGCGCUCCCCUCCCAACUACCCCGACUACUCUGACGACCCCUCUACCACAUAUGUCCCCAGCGAACAGCGAGCACACCGCCGAACUGCAGAAUGCGCUUACGCGCGAACAGAGACUGCGCGAGGCUGCCGAGUCGCAGCUUUCGCAGGCGAGUACCGAGCUAGAGGAGUUGACUGUGCAGCUCUUCAGUCAGGCGAAUGAAAUGGUCGCAGAGGAGCGGAAGGCUCGUGCGAAGCUUGAGGAGAGAGUUGCUGUGCUGGAGAGGAGGGACGUUGAGAAGCGCAGUCGACUGGAGAGGUUGGAGAAGGCUAUAGCGCGUGUGGAACGGUUGAGGGCUUUGGUUAAUAAUCAAUGA